GGCCGCAAUGUGACCUGGAAACUUGUUGCGAUUUAACCGCUGGCUGAAGCAGCUAGCCGCUAGCUACGUUGGGGAGAUCCAGUCCGAUUUGUAGCUGGAGCAAGGAAACCCGGGCUUGGUCCACUCUCCAAUGACACAGACACACACCGUGCAAAAAUGCUGCUUGUUAUUGACUGAUAUUCGGUUGUCCAGUUUUCCCAAACCUUUGUCUCCAACGCACCGGGGCGCUAGCUAACCCUGAUCCGAAAAGCGCAGUAACUUCUCGAUCAUGGAACCUGAUCGACAGAAGCGAAGAGAGGAGAUCCAGAGGGCAAUGAGCUUUAUCCAGUCGUCGUUGCCCUUUCCUGAACCAGAGAGUUAUGAGGCCUUUCUGAUCCAGUUGGUGUGCAACCUGCUCGAUGAGGGAAACUCCUGUUUCCGAGACUGCGACUGGCGUCAAGCGGCCCAGCAGUACGGAGAGGGGGUCUGCGUCGCCCGCUAUGCACAGGCCGAAGCCGUCAUCAUCCCACAUAAGUUGCUGGAGAGCCUCUACGUUAACAGGGCCGCUGCCUUCUACCAGUUGAGGGAGUAUCAGCGUGGCGUUCAGGACUGCGAGAGUGCCCUGUGCGUGUCCGAGGGCAGCUGCAGGGCGUUGUACCGAAAGACGCUCUGCCUGAGGGAGUUGGGGAGGCUCAGAGAGGCUUACGAGAGCGGGACCAAAUGUCUCCUCACGGCGCCACAUGAUAUGCUAGUUAUCAACCUGGCCCAGGAUCUGGCCAGCAAGCUGGGCUUGAAGGGCCGUAAAGCCUACGUCAGCCCGCAGACCGAGUCGACGUCCACAGAAGGGGAGAGUCAUGGGGAAACCUCCCCACCCACUGGAGAAAUGUCCACCAAUGGGCUGGAGUCCCUGGGUGACAUUGGACCAGCGGACCUGUCAAACGCACAGUGCAUCCCCGCCCCUCUGGCCACGCCCAUUCCUGUCAGCGAUGACCCGACAACCACAGUGGUGACGUCGUGCACCGAGCUGUCAGAGAGCCCCAGCAGCCAGACGCUGCCUCCCAUGCCGUACUCUGUCCCCGUGUCGGAGCACAUGGAGGAAUGCAGCAGCAGUGUGAUUAAGGAGGGGCUGGACAGCCUUCUGGACUGUAUGCCCAAAAAAGUUAGUGAGAGUCCGGUUCAAGGUGCCAUCCCCACCAACCUUCCCAACACGGCCGUGGGUCUUCGGCCUCCUUACUCACCGAGCCUUCCAGCUCCGUCCCCCCAGCUUCCCCCAGCCUUCUUCAGCUCCUCCGUCAGCGAGAUGCCGUCUCUGGAGCCCUACUCACCGUUGCAGGACCAGGGCUCCACCCAGGCGCAGGACGCACUGGGAAGCUUUUCUGCCGGGCCCGCAGAUGGAGAAGGGAAAGGAGUCGCUGCUGGGGGGCUGGACUCGUUGUCUGAGUACACUCUUCCUGGUGGGCGGAUUUGUCACAGCUUCAUCCCUGGAAUGCGCAACCAUAGUGCCGGCCACACUAAUGGACCGGGAGGAACCAACCUCUCUCUCCUCUCCAGGAAUCCUCUGGCAGCCACUCAUGAGUUUCGGCAGGCUUGCCAUGCCUGUUACAGCCGAAUAGGUCCUCGAGUGAUGGACUACAAGUAUCAGCCAGAGGCAGCACACCGCUGCAAGAGAGACGUGCUGCUGUGUCGCCUCAGAAACACGGAGGAUCCCACCUGGAAGAGGAUUCGACCCAGGCCCGCACGGAAUAACUUCCUGGGGGCCUUCGUCCUCUGUAAAGAGGUACAGGAGCGUCAGGAGUGCCAGUACGGGGAGAACUGCACGUUCGCCUACUGCCAGGAGGAGAUCGACGUGUGGACGCAGGAGAGGAAGGGCGCGCUGAGCCGGGAGCUCCUGUUCGACCCGCUGGGCAGCACUGAGAGGCGGGCGCUCAGCGUCACCAGACUGCUGCAGCUCCACAUGGGCAUGUUCAUGUUCCUCUGUGAGGAAUGCUUCGACAGUAAGCCUCGGAUCAUCAGCAAACGCAGCAAAGAGAAUUUAGGAGUCUGCUCGAACCUCACAGCGCGGCACCCAUUCGACGAUAACAAGUGCCUGGUCCAUGUGGUGAGGUCGGCCAACGUGCGCUACAGUAAGGUCCGACCCCUGCACCCCCUCUGCCAGUUCGACAUUUGCCGGCACGAGGUCCGCUACGGCUGCCAGCGCGAGGACAGCUGCUCCUUUGCUCACUCGGUUAUCGAGCUGAAAUGCUGGGUUCUGCAGCAGGACACUGGAAUUACCCAUGAGGAGAUGGUGCAGGAGUCCAAAAGGCACUGGCAAAGGCUGGAGCAGAACUCACAAAAGCAACACAAGCCGAUCCACAUACCCCAUCCAAGCAGCAGCGUACCUGCUGGGGGGAUGGGGGUCCUUGGAGGCGGAGACGGCGUGGGAGCGGGUGGCGUGGGUCCUGUAGGAGGUUUUGGGGUGGGGGGGCUGGUCGGAGGGGGAGGAAGGGGGCGCCCCCUCAAUCUGAAAAUGAAGUUUGUCUGUGGUCAGUGCUGGCGAGAAGGACAGGUCAACGAGCCCGAUAAGAACCUCAAGUACUGCACUGCCAAAGCGCGCCACAGCUGGACCAAAGAGCGCAGAGUCUUGCUCGUGAAGUCCUUCGAGAAGAAGAAGUGGGUGGUUGUCCGACCUCUUCCCUUCUCUCGCUCAUACCCACAGCAAUAUGAUAUGUGCGUGCAUGUGAUGAAGCAGAAGAAGUGCCACUAUAUCGGGAACUGCUCCUUCGCACACAGCCUGGAGGAGAGGGACGUGUGGACGUACAUGAAGAACAACAACCUGAGAGACAUGCAACAGAUGUACGAACUGUGGCUGCAGCUCACCAAUCAGAACAGACGGACAGAAAACUCAGCCGUAACCCCGCCCCCUGACGACAAGCAGGUCACCAUAACGGCAGAUUACACUGAAAACCUCGGAGGCCAGCCUCUGUCCGAUGGCGAUGACCUCUGAUGGUUGCUCACUGGAAACUGCUCUGACCAUCGCUGAGCUGCGGAGAUGGAGGCGAGCCGUCCCUCACCAGGUGCAGCCGAGCCGCCCGUCCUCCUGCCAGUCCGACCACCUGUGAGAAAGCGGAUGGAGCGGAAGACUUUUGAACCCCCCGAUCACAUCUUCACGCACUCAAACAUUUACAUGCAACACACAAACCCGACAGGCACCGGUUAUCACAAACAGAAGGCCUUUUGAAGCGAGAUCUAAAAGUUCGGCUUUAACUUAUUUUUCUGUCACGCUGCAGGAAUUCCACAGCCUAGUUUUGCUCUAAAACAAUUUCCUUCCCCGGUACGUUGAGUCUGUGUCCCCCUGGCGCCUCUUUUCUUCUCCCCGGCACUGAAACGGUUCGCAGCAGGCCGCGCUGGUCGCAGUCCGUAAAUCCGCUUGGCAACACUUAUACGUGUUGCGCUCUUAUUUUUAAUGCUGAACCACUGCGAGAGCUGAAAAUAGCCAAGCUCCCACUGCUUUCGAAGGUGAUUAUAACUCAAACUCUAAAGCAAGAGAGGUUUCAUGUGGACACGCCUCACUAACUAAAAAAAGAAGAAGCAAAAAAAACAAAUCCUAAUCUCUUUCCUUUACAGGAAUCUGAAAGGAGGGAUCAAACUGAAUUGAGAUCGAUUCGGAGCAUUUCUUUUUCCCAAGGGGAGUUACACUUCCUUGUUAUAUCUGCCAUAUUGGUGGAAAGUUUUGAAUGUAACGCCUUCCCAGGCCUUCAAAACAAGGAAGUGAGCGAGUCGUUUGAAGUGUUAAUGUUGGAGAAUGUCUGUAGGCAUCAUGGCAUGCCUAGAAACCUGCGUGACAUUUAAGUUUCAUACCAGCUGCUCCUGCGUCAGAUCAUCUCUCUCUCUAACACACAUUCAAGUUCCCUUCAGUUUGACAGAAGAGACAUUAAAAUGGCUUUUUGGCUCCGAACGGAAGAUUGUUUUGCAUCAGUUGCUGCAAGAAAACGUAGAUUUACUAUAAAUGACUUUGCUGCACCAGUGUGAAGAUGACCGAGGCACAGAAAAUGUGUGUUUUUUUUAUUUUUUAUUUUAAAUGGUUGGAUCGCAUUAACCCGACGCUUAAAACGUUGGGCAACACACACAAAAAAAAACACACAAAAAAAAAACAAUCGCUGGCCUGUCGGUUCCCAAAUCCACAGUCCCUUGCUAAAAAGGAAAGAUUUUUAAAGAUGAUGACGUUCAUGUCUCAGUUGGAAACAUCCUCCUGCAGCCUUUAGUUGGAAAUGCAGUGUUCCUGUCUGACCCAAAUAGUUUGUUUUCGGUGGUUCAGAGAGGGGCUCAACAUAAGUCUUCUGGCCUGAGACUUGGUAAGGAUUCACACCGCAUAUCGUGCCUAGAAACGACACACAAACACCCAUGUAGAGCUGCACAUACACACGCAAAAGCUGGCAGGAAACUUGUUGCCAUCUUCUUCUAGCCUUUUAUGUAGACAGACGCAUAAGGAGAGUAUGUCUUUAUUCAGCUACACACAUAUUAUACAUACAUAUGAUAUACAUACUACUACUAAUAAAUAACUUAGCAGUUAAGCUUAAUAAAUAUAUAUAACCUGAAAACUUGUAUUGAUUACAUAGAUAAACUUCUUGUUAUUGAGGUUUUGCUAUAUUGACAUGUAUCGCUGAACUAGAUGACUAUAGUAUUUUUGUUUUUUUUUGUUCUUUUUUAUUAUUUAGAGAUUUUUUUUGUUUAUUUCUUUAAGUGUGGGUUGUUCCAGACAAGGUCUUUGGACCAGGUUUAACUGGCUAACGACUUCAAAUUAAAGGUCUAGAUAGUUUGGACUGAGAACAGGGCGGCAGAGAUGAGGCCGAGUCAAAUGGCUUUUUUUUUUUUUUUUCUUUUUUUUUUUUUCUUUAAAUUGUAAAAGCAACGUUGAAAAUGAAAGUUUACUUUUAGUUACAUUUUAUUUCAACGGUUAAGAAAGAUGAUGCAGGAAAGCAGCAGAGCAGAAUGUGACGUGGUCCCCACCUGGGGAUCACACGCUGUCCAUAAUCCGGCCUUCGUCUGGAACAGCCCAGGUAUUAGCUUCUUUGAGGGAUCGUAUUACUAUCACUCCUAGUAUUAUGAUGAAUAUGAUGACUAUAAUUAUUGCUAUCUAUUGACUAUUCCUAUUUUACUUCUAUAUGCUAUUGAUAUAUGUAUGUUAAUUGCAAUGUAUACCUUUCUCUUUAUAUAUGUAUCCAUGUACGAAUAUGAUAAUUGACAGUAAUUACGCCUCUGCGUGCUGCUGGGCACAGCUCUGCCUCUGCGCAGUCACAAGAUUGAUCAGGCACAGACAGAUCUGGACACAAAGGCACGCACGGAGGCCUGUAUACUCCCAUAUAGCGCCUUAUUCAUUAUACUUCACCUAUAAGAUACAUACAUACCCCUAUUGUAUAAUCGUACUCACUAUAUACAGUAUGAUACCUGAUAACCAUAUGAUAAUACUUAGACAUCCUUUAUAAGGUGUUUUAGAUAAGAAAUGGUGGCCUGUCUUCUCUUUUUUUCCGUGGCUGUGAAAAGUGUGCCGUGAUCAGAAACCGGUUUCUUUUUGGAAGUUAAAAAGCUCAGAGCCACAGUCAGAUGCUCUUUACCUUUCAUUUCAGCUCCGAUUAGCCGGAGUCCCAACGAGUAGCGGUGAGCAGGAACUGGCAGCGAUCAGUUUAAGGUCCCAGUUGUUAAUCUGUGUGACAGUUGCAGGAUUUUUUUUUUUUUUUUUUUUUGACCAAGCCUUUUCUAAAAGUGAAUUUAAAAAAAAAAA